AUGCACAGGGCUGCAGAACCUUGGUCCCCCACCUCCCCAUGCCCUCAAGGAGGUGGGCUACUUGCAGGGACCUUGAGCCACGUCACCGCCUUGUUCCUCCUUUAUCUGCCUGAGGAGGACAUAUUCUGGGCACUGGCCCAGCUGCUGGCUGCUGAGAGGCACUCCCCGCAGGCUCUUCCCCAGAGGCUCUGCAUCCUGUGGGGCCGGAGGAGCCAGGGGCUGGAGACCCUGGUGGGGCUGAUCUCUCUUGGGCUCACCCUGAGCCUUUGGGACGUGUAUUUGUUAGAAGUGGAACAGGUGUUGAUGCCAAUGGCACUCACUGUCUUUAAGGUUCAGAGGACACCUCAUGAAGAUGUCCAGGGGUGGCCGUGGGCAUGUUUUCAGGACCAGUUCUCCCAUACCUGGGCCCUGGAUGACGAUGCAGUUCUCAGACACCCUCGGACCUCUAUGAGGAAACUAACAAGGAAGCGUGGGGACCUGCCACCCCCAGCCAAACCUGAGCAAGGGUCCUUGACACCCAGGCCUGUGCUGGCUUCACCUGGCAGGAAGACCCUCUGGCAGGGGGAUAGGCAGGCCCCUCCUGGCCCACCAACCUGGUUCCAGUGGCCCAUUUGGUCAGCUUCCCCGCCAUGGGCGCCUCGUCCUUUCACACCCCAUCCUGAUGGGACUGUCCAUGAGGCCAAGGCCCCACUGGGGACUCAGGAUGUGCCCAGUCUGGCCCUGGCUCAUGGGGGACCUCGGGUUUCCUGGAGGUUCCUCCACUGGAACUCCAUGCCAUGGCUUCCUAUGAAUUUGGAUGUGGGGGGCCCUUGUUGCCCCCGUUAUGAUUUUGAACAGAGCUGCUGGGUCCAAGUCCCUUCCAAAUGUGUCCUGGACAGCCCCAGGACCAUGGGACAGCCUAGCCCAGGAAUCCCAUGGAGUCAGUGUGGCACCCCGCAAGCUGCACCACAGCCCCAGACACCUCGGAAAAUCCUGUUCAAUGGGGACGCUGGUCCCAUCAAGGCCACAAGAGAGAAAGAAGCUGGACGAGAUUCCAAAGCCUCACAGCCAGCGCUGCAGCCGCAGCAGGCGCCCCCACCACGUGCCUUCCAGUUGCCGGUGCAGGCUUUCCUGACAGCCGGGCGCCCUGCAGCCCUUGCCUCAGCAGCUCAGACUCGGAAGACUCAACAGGAAGACGCCUUCGCUGUCCAAUGCGAAGGUUAUGGGGAGGACGCGAGGCCCCAGGGUUCCCCUGUCCCAAGAGCAUAA